AUGGAUGAUAAAACAAAGACAAAAAUGCAAAUGUUUGAAAAGGAUGAUGACAUUAGCGAAGAUUCCAGCAGUAAGGAUGAUGGUCGAGAGCGCGAAGUGUGGUCAAGAAAAAUAGAGUACAUUUUGUCCCUCGUCGGCUAUUCUGUUGGCCUCGGCAAUUUGUGGAGGUUUCCAUAUCUGUGUAUACGAAAUGGUGGAGGUGCUUUCCUGAUCCCGUUUUUCUUCUUCCUGUUUCUUUGUGGAGUUCCUCUAUACUUCAUGGAAAUAUGCCUUGGGCAGUAUUCAGGCAAAAGUGCAUUAGUCGCGUGGAGUUCAAUCGCUCCACUCUUUAAAGGUAUAGGUUUUUUGAUGAUAAUCAUAUCUGGAAUUGUCUCCUGGUACUACAACCUGGUCAUCACGUGGGUGAUAUAUUACUUGAUCCAUGCCUUUUUUCCCCAUAUCCCAUGGGCUACUUGUGAUAAUGAAUGGAACACAGACACGUGUAUUGUGAGUAGAGCUGACCGCCUCCUCAUGACUAAUACAACAUCGCUGGUCAACGUGUCCGAAAUGAUUAAUGGGUCUACAGAUGGGAAUGCUUACAACCUGACAGAUACAAAUAGUGAUAACAGAACUACACUGACCUAUAAUACGGCAGCAUUUGAAUUCUGGCAAUACAACGUCUUGAAAAAGUCUAGUGGAAUAGAGGAUCUUGGCGAGGUCCAGUGGCACCUGGUUCUUUGUCUUUUUGGAGCAUGGCUCUUCACAUUUUUGUGUCUUAUCAAGGGCAUCUAUUCAGUUGGAAAGGUUGUUUAUGUCACUGUUAUAUUGCCCUACCUCCUGUUGACAAUAUUCCUAAUAAGGGGUUUAACACUAGAUGGAGCUACAGAAGGGAUUUUGUUCUACCUACGACCUGACUUCUCUAGACUCUUACAUUUUCAGGUGUGGUUGGAGGCAGCUGUCCAAGUAUUUUUCUCUCUUGGACCAGCAUGGGGUUCUCUUAUUACGAUGUCAAGCUAUAGUAAAUUCAAAAACAAUUGUCUAAAGGAUGCUAUGUAUGGAACACUUGCUGACGGACUGAGUAGUUUCUAUGCCGGUUUUGUGGUUUUCUCAAUCCUGGGAUUCAUGGCACACGACGCAGGUCUUACCAUGGAGGAGGUGUCAGAAGCUGGUCCAGGCCUGGUGUUUGUAGCCUACCCGGAAGCCAUCAUGAAGCUACCCCUGCCUCAUCUGUGGGGUGUUUUGUUCUUUUUAAUGUUGAUCACAGUCGGAAUCGACAGCCAGUUUGGCAUGUUCGAGACUGUUUCAAGUGGACUGGUUGAUUCUUUCCCAUCGCAACUAAAGGAACGAAAAGUUCAACUGACCGCAGCUUUAAGCGUUAUCCUGUUCAUUUUGGGUCUACCGUUUACAACACAGGGAGGAAUCUAUGUGUUCCAGCUCAUCGACUGGUAUGCAUCGACUCUGUGUAUUGUGUUAGGUUCUUUCCUUGAAUGCAUAGUCAUAAGUUGGAUAUAUGGUGCCGAGAGAUUCAGUCGAAAUAUAAGUAUGAUGACCGGUCGAUCUGCUCCCCUGGUAAUGAGAAUCUGUUGGUGUAUCUUUACUCCCUUAAUCCUGUUGGUCGUAUUUCUUGGUAAUAUCACACAGUAUGGGCCCCCUAACACGGCUCAGUAUACCUACCCAGACUAUGCUGCAGUGGUAGGAAAUCUGUUCGCCAUCAUUCCUUUACUGCCCAUUCCUAUCUUGGCUGUGGUACAACUGUUUAAGGAAAAAGGAUCGAUUAUACAGAGGGUGAAGCACGCUUGCGAACCCGAUGAAAAUUGGGGUCCGAUUGAAGGCGGACAAUUCCUUAAGGAGUAUCAGUAUGAGGGGAACGUGCAGAAGAAUAUGCUUAUAAACUUGAUCGGUGACAGAAACGUGUGA